AUGGAUGUCUCUUUGUCACCGAUCCCGAGACCCAGUUCUGCCCCAGAUGAAAUUCAGCACCCACACAUCAAGUUUUCUGAGUGGAAGUUUAAGCUAUUCCGGGUAAGAUCCAUUGAAAAGGCCCCUGAAGAAGCUCAAAAGGAGAAGAAGGAUUGCUCAGAGGGCAAACCUUUUCUAGAACAAUCUCCAGCAGUUCUUGAUAGGCCUGGUGAUCAGAAUUCAGUCCUGAAUCAACCAGCAUUGAAGGUCCACCCUAAGUUUUCAAAGAAAUUCUGUGAUGAUGGAAAAGCAAGAGACAAAGCAGUUCACCAAGCCAAGCUUAGACACUUCUGCCGUAUCUGUGGAAAUUCUUUUAAGAGUGAUGGACACAAAAGGAGAUACCCAGUCCAUGGGCCUGUGGAUGCUAAAACCCAAAGCCUUUUACGGAAGAAGGAAAAGAGAGUCACUUCCUGGCCAGACCUCAUUGCCAGAGUUUUCCGGAUUGAUGUGAAGGCAGAUGUUGACUCGAUCCACCCCACUGAGUUCUGCCAUAACUGCUGGAGCAUCAUGCACAGGAAGUUCAGCAGCGCCCCCUGUGAGGUUUACUUCCCAAGGAAUGUGACCAUGGAGUGGCAGCCCCACUCACUAUCCUGUGACAUCUGCCACUCUGCCCACCGGGGACUCAAGAGGAAGAGACAUCAGUCAAAUGUGCAGCUCAGCAAGAAACUCAAAACUGUGCUCAACCAAGUGAGUCGGGACCGUCAGCGCAAGAGAGCGCAGGCAAGGGUCAGCAAAAAAGAAGUCCUGAAGAAGAUCUCCAACUGCAAUAAAAUUCACCUCAGUACCAAACUUCUUGCAGUGGACUUCCCAGCGUACUUUGUGAAAUCAAUAUCUUGCCAGAUUUGUGAACACAUUCUGGCCGACCCUGUAGAGACCAGCUGUAAGCAUGUGUUUUGUAGGAUUUGCAUCCUCCGAUGCCUCAAGGUCAUGGGUAGCUAUUGUCCCUCUUGCCAAUAUCCAUGCUUCCCUACUGACCUGGAGAGUCCAGCGAAAUCCUUUCUGAGCAUUUUGAAUUCCCUGAUGGUGAAGUGUCCAGCACAAGAAUGCAAUGAAGAGGUCAGUCUAGAAAAAUAUAAUCACCAUGUCUCAAGUCACAAAGAAUCUAAAGAGACUUUGGUUCAUAUUAAUAAAGGGGGCCGCCCUCGUCAACAUCUCUUGUCACUGACACGGAGAGCUCAGAAGCAUCGGCUUAGGGAGCUUAAGAUGCAAGUCAAGGCAUUCGCUGACAAAGAAGAAGGUGGAGAUGUGAAAUCUGUGUGCUUGACUUUAUUCCUGUUGGCACUGAGGGCGAGGAAUGAGCACAGACAAGCAGAUGAGCUAGAAGCUAUCAUGCAGGGACGGGGCUCUGGUCUGCAGCCAGCAGUUUGCUUGGCCAUCCGAGUCAACACCUUCCUCAGCUGCAGCCAGUACCACAAGAUGUACAGGACUGUGAAAGCCAUCACUGGGAGGCAGAUUUUUCAACCUCUGCAUGCUCUUCGGAAUGCUGAGAAGGUCCUUCUGCCAGGCUACCACCCCUUUGAGUGGCAGCCUCCUCUGAAGAAUGUGUCUUCCAGCACAAACGUUGGCAUUAUUGAUGGGCUGUCUGGACUUAGCUCCUCUGUGGAUGAUUACCCAGUGGACACCAUUGCAAAGAGGUUCCGUUACGACUCGGCCUUGGUGUCUGCUUUGAUGGACAUGGAAGAAGACAUCUUGGAAGGCAUGAGAUCUCAAGAUCUUGAUGACUACCUGAAUGGCCCUUUCACGGUUGUGGUGAAGGAGUCAUGUGAUGGCAUGGGAGAUGUAAGUGAGAAACAUGGGAGUGGACCAGCAGUUCCAGAAAAGGCAGUUCGUUUCUCAUUCACAGUCAUGAAAAUUACCAUAGUGCAUGACUCACAGAAUGUGAAGGUGUUUGAGGAAGCCAAGCCCAACUCUGAGCUGUGUUGCAAGCCACUGUGCCUUAUGUUAGCAGAUGAGUCUGAUCAUGAGACCCUGACUGCCAUCCUGAGCCCUCUCAUUGCGGAGAGGGAGGCCAUGAAGGGCAGUGAAUUAAUGCUGGAGAUGGGAGGCAUCCUCAGGACUUUCAAGUUUAUCUUCAGGGGCACUGGAUAUGACGAAAAACUUGUCCGGGAAGUAGAAGGCCUGGAAGCUUCUGGCUCAGUGUACAUUUGUACACUUUGUGAUGCCACCCGUCUGGAAGCCUCUCAAAAUCUCGUCUUUCACUCCAUAACCAGAAGCCACGCCGAGAACCUGGAGCGGUAUGAGGUCUGGCGGUCCAACCCCUACCAUGAGUCAGUGGAAGAACUCCGGGAUCGGGUGAAAGGGGUCUCGGCCAAACCUUUCAUCGAGACGGUCCCUUCCAUAGAUGCUCUCCACUGUGACAUUGGCAAUGCGGCUGAGUUCUACAAGAUUUUCCAGCUGGAGAUAGGGGAGGUGUAUAAAAAUCCCGACGCCUCCAAAGAGGAAAGGAAAAGAUGGCAGGCCACAUUGGACAAACAUCUCCGGAAGAAGAUGAACCUAAAACCAAUCAUGAGGAUGAACGGGAACUUUGCCCGGAAGCUAAUGACCAAAGAGACUGUUGAGGCAGUUUGUGAGCUGAUUCCUUCUGAGGAGCGACAUGAAGCUCUCAGGGAGCUGAUGGACCUUUACCUGAAGAUGAAACCAGUGUGGCGCUCCUCGUGCCCUGCUAAAGAGUGCCCAGAGUCCCUGUGCCAGUACAGUUUCAACUCACAGCGUUUUGCUGAGCUCCUCUCUACCAAGUUCAAAUACAGAUAUGAGGGAAAAAUCACUAAUUAUUUUCACAAAACUCUGGCACAUGUCCCUGAAAUUAUUGAGAGAGAUGGCUCUAUUGGGGCCUGGGCGAGUGAGGGAAAUGAAUCAGGCAACAAACUGUUCAGGCGCUUCAGGAAAAUGAAUGCCAGGCAAUCCAAGUGCUAUGAGAUGGAAGAUGUCCUGAAACACCACUGGCUGUACACCUCCAAAUACCUCCAGAAGUUUAUGAAUGCUCAUAAUGCAUUAAAAAACUCUGGGUUUACCGUGAACUCAAAGGCAACCUUAGGGGACCCGUUAGGCAUUGAGGACUCUCUGGAAAUUCAAGAUUCAAUGGAGUUUUAA